CGUUGUGGAAUCAACGAACAUGCGCUCGUACUUGUUUUUAGGUAUUUUAGUCGGCGUUAUGACAUUUAAUGAGGCUCAACGGACUUGCGAAAUGUCGACAAUUUGUGGGAACGCGGCAUCGAUUAGAUCCCAAAUGAUCGCCGUGCGAGUGGAACAAGAACGACAUGGCGAGCUCCUGGAGGACUUGACCCACAAACUAGACACCUGUCUCGCCAGGAGCAGUGUGCAGGCCAAGCUGUACGGCAAAAGCUGUGCAGAGCCCUCGGUAUUGGCGCAAAACAGUGAAAUCAGCGUUGUCGUGGUGCCAGAAUACAGUAAGCACCCCUUCAUGGUGGCCUGCGAUCCGCUGAGUCACGGGGGCGGCUGGACAAUCUUUCUGAGGCGCACGGACGGAAGUGAGGAUUUUUUCCGGGACUGGAACGACUACAAGAAUGGUUUUGGAAGGCUAGAGGGUGAGUUCUUUUUGGGCCUGGACAAAUUGCACGCCAUGACCUCUGCGGAGCCCCAGGAGAUGCUCGUAUUGCUCGAAGACAAUGAAGGAGAUCGACGCUAUCAAGUGUACGACAACUUCAAAAUAGGGUCGCAGGAUGAGGGGUUUGCCUUGGAGUCGCUGGGUAAUAGCUCAGGAAGUGCUGGCGAUGCUCUGGCUACGCAUCUGGGUCAGAAGUUUACCACAAAGGAUCGGGACAAUGACAAACAUGCUACAGCGAACUGUGCAGUCACGUACAGUAGUGCAUGGUGGUAUAACGCCUGUCACCAUAGCAAUCUGGCUGGAAACUAUGGCGAUAACACACAUGGAAAGGGUAUCAACUGGUAUCAAUUCAAGGGGCACACCUACUCGCUAAAGCGGGCUCAAAUGAUGAUAAGACCAAGAAGACAGUGCCAUUAACUUGCAAAUUAAAUACAAAAUUAUAGAUUUAAUAGUAGGUUAAGAUUUAAAUCUGGUUGAACACACUUACGAUUUUACGUUCCCUCCCUCGCCCACAAAUUUCAUAUUUCUUUAGUCCCAGUAAAGAAUUUUAAAAUAAUGUUGAUUACUAUA